CCAAUAUAGACAGACUACCGUAGAGAAAAAAAUAAUCAUGGAGCAAACAAUGCGCCCCCACAUUUACUUGGCUGUGCUUCUCCUCCAACUUGUUGCUCCCAUUCUCCCGCCGGUACAUUCACCCGCCGCCGCCCAAACUCCGACCACAACCACUUCUCCCAUCACGAAGCCCGGCUGCCCGCAAAAAUGCGGAAACCUGACCGUCCCCUACCCGUUCGGUGUCGGUCUCGGAUCGGGUUGCGCUCUAAACCCGAGCUUCGAAAUCAACUGCAACAAAUCCUCCUCCACCAAUAAUCCCCCGACUCCUUUGAUAUGGAACCUAAAAGUUUACGACAUCUCCGACUCACAAGUUCGGGUCUCCACCUCCGUCUCCGCCAAAUGCUAUUCCCCUACCGGGGCCCUUCUCGGGCAGUUUCUGUACCGGACCAACCUCGGCAAAUCGAGCCCGUACACUUUCUCCGACAGAAACAGGUUCACCGUCAUCGGGUGCGACGACGCGGCGGUCCUGUCGGGCAGCAACCCCCUGACCGGGAAAACCUUCGCCAAAGGCUGCCCCGUGGCGUGUGCAAAGCCAGAGGCAGUGCACGCCGGAACCUGUGAUGGUUCUGCGGGGUGCUGUCAAUUCUCAAUCCCAAAGGGGCUGAGGUUUCUGAACGUGAGCACGAUGGUCACAUCGGCCGGGCACGCCCGAAUGUGGUCAAGUAACCCGUGCGGGUACGCCUUCCUCGGGGAAGAGGGCGGGUUCCAAUUCCGCGGAUUGGAUGACCUGAGAGAUCUGAAUUUCGGCCGGCGGGUGUCGGCUAGCGUACCCGUCGUGCUGGACUGGGCGAUCGGAAACCUGACGUGUGAGGGAGCAAGAAAGAGGGAGGACUAUGCGUGCUUGGGGAAAAGCCAUUGCGUUGAUAUGGACAAUGAUACUGGAGGUUACCGUUGCAAGUGCGACGAUGGCUACGAAGGGAAUCCCUAUAUUCCUCAUGGCUGCCAAGAUGUGAACGAGUGUGAAAAUCCAAAUGAUAAUCCGUGUGAAAAGAUAUGCACAAACACGCCUGGAAGAUAUACGUGCUCUUGUCCGGAUGGGUACACUGGUGAUGGUAAAAAGAAUGGACAUGGUUGUGUUGAAACUCAUUCGAAUUUCCCAUGGAUCAAGUUUUCUAUUGGUCUGGGGUUAGGCUUUUUGUCCGUGGUUGGCGGAGUAACAUGGCUAUACUUAUUCAUCAACAAAAGAAGACUCAUCAAACUUCGAGAAAAAUUCUUCCAACAAAAUGGUGGUUUGAUCUUGAAACAGAGAAUAGCCACUGCAUCAGACAGCAGCGGCGGUGUAGAAGCGGCUAAAAUCUUCUCCGCCGAGGAGCUGCAGAAAGCCACCAACAAUUACUCGAGUGACCGGGAACUCGGCCGAGGGGGAAACGGCGUCGUUUACAAAGGAAUCCUACAGGACAACCUUGUCGUGGCCAUUAAGAAAUCCAAGACAAUGGACGAGAGCAAAAUCGAGGAGUUCAUCAACGAGGUUGUCAUCCUAACUCAAAUCAACCAUCGUAAUGUGGUCAAACUCAUAGGUUGUUGUCUGGAGGCUGAAGUUCCUUUGUUAGUCUACGAGUACGUCUCCCAUGGGACUCUUUACGAUCACAUCCACAAACAUGAUGGCUCCUCUUCCUCAACUUGGUUGUCUUGGCAAAAUCGUUUACGAAUAGCUACUGAAACAGCCGGCGCACUCGCCUACCUCCAUUCAUCCACGGCGAUGCCCAUAUUCCAUCGAGACGUAAAGUCGGCCAAUAUAUUGUUAGACGAUAACUAUGUAGCCAAAGUGGCGGACUUUGGCGCAUCUAGAUUAAUCCCUUUGGACCAAACGCACAUAGCCACAUUGGUCCAAGGGACAUUUGGGUAUUUGGACCCAGAGUACUUCAGAACAGGCCAGCUGACUGCAAAGAGUGAUGUGUACAGUUUCGGAGUGGUUCUCUGUGAACUUCUAACCGGGAUGAAGCCGGUGUCUAGGGAGAGAAGCGAGGAGGAUGCGAAUCUGGCAUCCCAUUUGGUGAUCUCCAUGAGCAAGAAUCAAUUGUUCGAAAUUUUGGAUCGUCGGGUUUUAAGGGAAGGGGCAUUGGAACAAGUGGAGUGUGUUGCAGAGGUUGCGAAGCGUUGCCUCCACUUGAAUGGCGAAGAUAGGCCUACGAUGAGGGAAGUGGUUAUGGAUCUUGAGAGGUUGUUGAGGACGUUCAACAAAGAGCCAUGGAGUCGUACAUCCCAAGUGCCGUAUGAUGGGACAAUGGUUGAUCAAAUAAACGGUCGAGAUGGGCUGUCGGACCUAUACACGCUUCAGUUGAACUCCACCACUUUCACUAGUGAGUACUGUGGUCAAUUCACUUCCCCCAAUGAUUCCAACGCUUGAUUUCUCAAUGAAUCCUAGCUCGUCCAUGGUGACCAAGACAAUUGUAACUAUUUUCCCAUAACUUUUCCAAAUGAUGUACUAUGCCUGAGGUUGCACUUUUGUUUAAGCUUAUUGGUAAUUCAUUUUCUACCCUCAUGUUCCAGAUAUUUUUGCAUUUUCACCUUAGAUACUUAUGAAAAAAGUAAAUUUUAGGGUUAAGC